AUGUCGGCGCUCACAUACGGCGGCAAAAUGUAUGUCUGCACACACACAGCAAGGAGACAGCACAGGAGACACCUCAGAGCAGCAGCAGCAGCAGCAGCAGAAGGAGGAGGAGGAGGAGGAGUAGCAGCAGCAGAAGGAGGAGCAGCAGCAGGAGGAGGAGCAGCAGCAGCAGAAAGAAAUGCAGCAACAGCAACGGCAGAGGGAACAGGAGCAGCAGCAACAUAG